AUGGCUAUCCACAACGUCUUUCUUCUCCUUCUCUCUCUCCUUCUCACAACCCUAACUCCUUCUCUGUCAUCAUCCCCCACCUUCAUCAGCAUUGACUGUGGCUCAAACUCUUCUCUCACCGACGGCGACAUCUUCCCAUGGGACUCCGAUGACUCUUACGUUCAAAACGGAGACUCCCACGUCGUUGAAUACACCAGCACAGUCCCUCUUUACAUGAGCGAAACCGCCAUGUCCACUCUCCGAGCUUUCCCUACCCUCAGGAAGAACUGCUACACCGUCAACGUCAGUAAGGGACAGAAGCUUCUGGUUCGAGCAAGCUUCUUCUAUGGAAACUACGACGGCAAAGAUUCUCCUCCCACCUUUGACCUUCACUUUGAUGGCAAUUUCUGGGCCACUGUCAACAGUUCGAGCCUGAGAGGUGUGUAUCAUGAGGCCAUUUAUGUUACCAAGAAGAACACGACCAGCGUUUGUGUUGCUCAGAUCUUUAAGGAUCAGAUUCCUUUCAUUUCUGGGUUGGAGAUUCGAAGCUUAGAGAUGAGCAUGUACAGUCAUGUUGAUUCUGGGCGUGCUCUCUUCCUGUCUAACAGAGCCAACGCUGGUGCAAAUUUCAGCACUAGGUAUCCAGAUGAUGCUUACGAUCGGAUCUGGAGAGCAGAAGGUGGGUUUGUGUUAGUGGAAAAUUUGGUAAACGAAGCUCCAUCCAUUGACGCGAGCAAAGCAGAAGAUCAACCACCUCUUUCUGUUCUUCGAACUGCAACUACAACUACAGGAACUUUAUGGGGCAUUGUUCUUAACACAGACCUUCCUUCCACAAGCCAACCUAUCUAUAUCACAGCCUACUUCUCUGAAGUCACUCGCCUUCGUUCCAACGAAACGAGAUCCAUUCAAGUUGAGAUCAACCAAGUUCCUUAUUCACAACCUUUAGUCCCUCCUUUUGGAGCUGUAUCGGAGCUGCGCAUCACAAACAGGACUGCGAACUCAAACACAAGUGUGACUGUUUUUGCAGAUAGAAGUUCCAAUCUUCCUCCUCUGCUUAAUGCCUAUGAAGUCUACACUGUUAGUGGUGUACUUACUGAUGGAACCGACAGUGACGAUGUGGAAGGAUUAGCUGUAUUACAGAAGAAUCUGGAUGUGCUUCAGAAAUGGAGUGGUGACCCUUGCCUUCCUUCUUCAUUUUCCUGGGAGUGGCUGGAAUGCAACUCUGAUGCCUCCCCACGUGUCACCACAUUGAAUCUUGGAGGCUUUGGCUUAUCAGGACCACUGCCGGACUUUAGUUCCAUGACUGACCUGGAGACAAUUGAUUUGCAUAAUAACAGUUUGUCUGGACCAAUUCCCAGCUUUCUUGGUUCAUUGCCGAAACUGAAAUUGCUGAAUUUAGCAGAUAAUAGAUUCAGUGGAACCGUACCCAAAUCGCUGUCUCAAAAUAAAAACUUAAAACUAAUUGUGACAGGUAAUUGCCUAUCUGGCAUGUCAUGUCCGCCGCCGCCGCCACCCCCUUCAACCCCUUCUCAUGAAACCCCGUCGACUGGAAUGCCGCCAUAUGUGGCGGCUGAAGGACCAGUUGCUGGUUCAGGUGUUCAAUCAGGUGGCACACAGAGCAGGAAGAUGACAUUGACAUCCACAACCACACUUACUCUGUCAUUGCUUUUGUUGUUUCUGCAGCUAAAGAACUUCUAGGAAAUUCCUCUGCAGCAUGUAAAAGAAUUAAAGCAAUGGCUUCAUCUUUAGUUCAGAUGGAGAUGCUAAUCAGUAAUCACUAGUUAAAAGGGAGUUUGUUACGUUGUUGAUUUAUUUUGCCGUUGUUUCUGAUCGAUCAUAGGUAUCUGUGAGAUUAAUGAGUAUCUCGUUGAAGAAUGCAAAUCCUGCUGUUCAUCGGCUGUGCCUUUUGUGAAUGUGUCCUUAUUACGUUUGGGCCUUGUUA